ACUGUAAACGUUGCGCGUGUGUGUCAGGUUUCCAAACAUCGGAAACACCUGCUACAUGAACUCCUGCCUGCAGAGCCUCCUCAACAUUGAGGAGUUCAUAAGAGACAUCAGGCGUCAGGGGGUUUUGUGGAGCACAGAUCCAGAAGCUCAGCUCUUAAGAAGGCUUAUUGAUGUCAGGGACUGUCAUGAGUCAACAGAUUAUGGCCUUAAAGAUCACCACCUAAGAGCUUUUAAGAAGGCAUUCAGCAUCAAGCUCCUGAAUACACCGGCAGUGCACAGAAAGACGCUCAUGAAUUCCUAACAUUGUUCCUCGAUGAGGUCAAAAGGCUCACACCUCACCUGGAGAGGAACGCAGCUCUCCUGGGCCAAAGUUAUACCUGCCCAGUAGAAGAGCAUCACAUUUUUAAAAUGGAAAACAUGAGGACAUGCAAGAGCUGUGGUCACCAAUCAUCACAGCAAGAGGAAUUCACCAGCUUGUCUCUUGACCUUGUUCCAGAGGGGUCUAUUAUAAACAUGUUAGAGACAUACUUGAAGGAACAAGAAAUAGAAUUUCGCUGUGAUUGUGGAGGGACGGCCUCAGAACUGAAGUCGUCUUUUGAUACACUGCCAAGAGUUCUGAUCUUGCAUCUGAAGAGGUUUGGCUUUACACAAACCUACAAGAUUAAGAAGGUGGAUGACCCCGUCAGGCUGCAGAGGGACUUGGUGGUGCCAUCCAAUCAGGGUGGUGGCUGUUAUAGUCUUGUCAGCAUCAUCAUCAUUAUGGAGGCACAGAGUCAGGACACUACAUCUGUAGUUCUGUCCAUCCUGAGGAGAGUCAGCACUCUACAUCAGAUCGCUGGCUCACCUAUAAUGACGCACAGGUGCUCCACACAACUGGAUCUGCAGUUUGUGAGGAACAGCAGCACUCGGCCUACAUGCUGUUUUACAAGAGAAACUUCUGAAACAGGAAAUGGAAGGAAGGAAGAAGGUCAUCAUCAUGCUGAGAAGGAAAAGACAGUCGUCCCAGCCCACCAUCGCACACUGGAGGACAAGUAUAGGUAAGUAUUGCCCUCAGGAGGAAGGGUCCUCCCAGAGAGCCUGGUCCUCCCAAGAUUUCUUCCUCCAGGAGGGAGUUUUUUCUUGCCACCGUCGCCCCACAUUCACUGGUCUCAUCAGCAGGGACAUUUUUAACAUCCUAAGACCUGAACUCUUUCAUGGCAUGCAUUUUUAAUUUCUCUGUGCCAUUUGGGUUGAUUGGGACCUGAUGAAUGUAAAACAAAGACAUCAGAUUCGGACUAUCUUUUUUUUGUUUCUCAAAAGAAUGAGAUCCACAUAUGAGGACAUUCAUUUUAAAUUUCGAUUGAACAGUGGCAGUGUAAUGUCCUCCCUCAUAAGUGGAUAUCAGGUUUUUGAAGAGCAAAAUUUUUAUUUUGGUCUAGACAACCCAAAAUGUUAUGUCUACAUAUGUGGACACCAGGUCCUAGGAGGUUAAAACAAAAUCUACUAGAGCACUCGUCCUUUUCUGACCAGUGUUUGGCUUGCUCUCUGGGAACAACAAAUUAGUGCUGUCAG